CGAUCAUCUUUCUCUCUGAUUUAGAGAGAGACACUACUUAGACUGUCCUUUACCGACAUAUCCCGAGUCCCCUUUCCGAAGUUAGCCGAGCAAUGACUGAAGCUGAACGCAAAGACGAAAGCCGCUGUGUCCAAUUCACCAUCGCAUAACAGCCAUUUCACAGUGGUCAUUUUUGUUUCCUCUUUUGAAAUCCAGCAAUGACUUCAGGAUGCCGAAGACACUGAAAUACUUCCGAACAAGGAUUCGGGACUUCUCGUCGUGAGCAGGCCUAUUUUGUAUUAUUAUCAUUUGUUCACCAUAGAUCGAAGCAGGCGGAUGCGUUUUAAAUAUAGGGCGCCUACAUGCACUGUGUACAUAUCUUCACAUAGGAUGACUAUACUCUAUGAUCGGAGAGAUUGCUCAUACAGCUGGACUUACUGAUGGAAGAUUCGAAGGAUUACCUUUAACGUUUUGAAUGGACAAAUUGGAUAUCAGUAUGGUUGAAAGAGGCGUCCUAGGUUUUGAUCUCGGUUUCAAAACGAAAAUGAAGAUUCAAAGAAAUCGCCUGGCUCUGUAGCCUAAUGUGGUAAUCGUAAUUUACCAGUUGAUAAACGCCUCAAACAUAAUGAUAUAGCAUUUUAAAACGGCCGUUUGGCGCUUACUAAGGAAAUAUUCAACCUAUACACUAAAGGGAUUUUGAGGCGUCAAUUUAUUUAUUUUAUUCUGUCACACUGUGAUGGGGAUAUAUUGCUGAACCUUGGGUGAGCUUUAUGGAAAACCUGAAGACAUGACAUGCACACGAAAAAAGAGGAAACGAUCUUUUUUGUUUUUUAAAACCUGUGUUAAUUUAAGAUAUAUGCAACUGGCAUAAUCCAAGAGGGACGUUGCUCGACAGUAGACUGAACAUUAAACCAGGAUUCGGUUGAUUUUUUGUACAGACGUGACCAUACCCCGUAAUAAUUAAUUAAUUUUUAUGUUUUCAGUAAUUUGUAAAGGACGUCAAGUCCAUCUGGGAUUAUAUUUCGAAUUCAUGGUCAUUUUGCUGAGCCUUUUGGGCCUUUUAGAGAAAACAGAUUUUUGUCUUUUUUAUCUGUGUUAUUUGUUUUAUGUUGACUGCAACAAGCUCUCAUCGCGGCCUGCUAUCGAAGCUAGAGCCAUUGUCUCGAGGACAAGCAUAAGAAAUCCAGGUGCUGUGGCUGGGCAAACGGGAAAAGGGGAAAAGUGAAGGUACAGGCGAAGUGUGCGAGAGGCUCUUUGCAAAAUGGGGCAAUGCAGAAUGAAGCUCUCUGCCUGCAUGUGAGACUCCAAAUAGAGGCAACCACGAGGACGAACGAAAGGUCAGCCGUUGGAGGAGGAGGAGGAAGAGGGGCAAGAGGAGGAGGGGGUGGUGCAAGAGGUGGAGGAAGAGGGAAGAAUAAGAGAACCACCAGUGCCGCUGGAGAAGAGGGCGUGAGGAAGCAGGAAGAGCAAUGGCCAACGGCAACGAAAGCAGCGAAGGCCAGGGCAACCCCCUGGCAGCCGUGGUGGCGACCACCGGGGGCAUGGUGGGCGGGGGGGCAUCUUCGACUGUGUCCACCUAUGUCAAGCUGGUCCUCCUAGGCCUGAUCAUCUGCCUCAGCCUGGUGGGCAACCUGGUGGUGUCCCUGAUGGUGUUACGGGACAGGGCCCUGCACAAGGCACCGUACUACUUCCUGCUGGACCUCUGCCUGGCCGACACCAUCCGCUCGGCUGUCUGUUUCCCCUUCGUCCUGGUGUCCAUCAAGAACGGCUCGGCGUGGACCUACAGCGUGCUGAGCUGCAAGGUUGUGGCCUUCAUGGCCGUGCUCUUCUGCUUCCAUGCCGCCUUCAUGCUCUUCUGCAUCAGCGUCACGCGCUACAUGGCCAUCGCCCACCACCGCUUCUACUCCAAGCGCAUGACCUUCUGGACCUGUGUGGCGGUAGUGUGCAUGGUGUGGACGCUGUCCGUGGCCAUGGCCUUCCCGCCCGUCUUCGACGUGGGCACGUACAAGUUCAUCCGCGAGGAGGACCAGUGCAUCUUCGAGCACCGCUACUUCAAGGCCAACGACACGCUGGGCUUCAUGCUCAUGCUGGCCGUGCUGAUCCUGGCCACUCACGUGGUCUACAUGAAGCUCCUGCUCUUUGAGUACAAGCACCGCAAGAUGAAGCCCGUCCAGAUGGUGCCCGCCAUCAGCCAGAACUGGACCUUCCACGGGCCCGGCGCUACCGGCCAGGCAGCAGCCAAUUGGAUCGCGGGAUUCGGACGCGGUCCCAUGCCCCCCACCCUGCUGGGCAUCCGGCAGAACUUGCACAACCAGAACCGUCGCUUGCUGGGCAUGGAGGAGUUCAAGGCCGAGAAACAGCUUGGCAGGAUGUUCUAUGUGAUCACUCUCUUUUUCCUAGUGCUCUGGUCCCCCUACAUUGUGGCCUGCUACUGGCGGGUCUUUGUCAAGGCAUGCACUAUACCCCACCGGUACCUGUCCACCACGGUGUGGAUGAGCUUCGCCCAGGCCGGAGUGAACCCCAUCAUCUGCUUUCUCCUCAACAAGGACCUGAAGAAGGGACUGAAGGCUCACCUGCCUCCUUGUUGUAGGACUAAACCUCAACUGCCCCGCGAGCCUUACUGCGUCAUGUGAAGAGAAUGUUUGUUUGUUUUGUUUUGUUCUGUUUCGUUUGCUUUCGUUCUUUUAUGGUUUUUGGUGGAGGGUGGGGGAUGGGUGAAAAGUUUGGGGUUCAAAAGAGGUAGUAGAGGAGGUGUGAAGGGCAUGAGGAACCAUUUGAGUUGUUGUGGCCUUUGAUUCAGUGCAAGAUGGUUUUUUUUUUUUUUCAUAAAAAAACUGCUAAAAGGAGAGUCUGAAUUCACCUCGAUGCUAAUUUUUCCAGUGUCUGCUCCUUUAGGGAAGGGUCUGGGUUUUGGCACGAUGCUAUGUUCAAAAUUUUAUGUAGAUUUAAAGAAUUUUAUCCGAAGCAUGACAGUGGUAUUGCUUUUUGAAAGCACUGAAAAAACACUAACUGAAGUUCCAAAACCUCUUUAUUGAAUGUAUGACUACACGAUAAAGAUGAUGGUAAGAAAAAUGCAUAAUUGUUACAUUUGGCUGUUAAAUCUGGCAAAAUAAUUGUCACAAAACAUGUUUACUGAAAUACAGUCAUUUAAGAGCUUUCUAUGCCCAUAUUUUGAAAAGACCAAAAAGGGUCUUCUAGUGGGGCAGUAUGCUCUCUGUAAAACAUGAUUAUUAAGAACAGCCUCAGUGCAUGUAUGUAACAAUACCUUUAAAA